AUGACAGAUUCCCAUACAGCUGCAGAAAAAUUGAAAAAAUACCAAUUAAAUUUAGGCACAAAUGUACAGAAGUUGAUACACGACGUACCAACUAGAUGGAACUUUACUUACAAUAUGAUAGACAGAUUUAUAAUAUUAGAAGAGCCGAUUAAAGCAACAAUAGCAAUCAUUAAUAAGAACUUACCACAAAUUACAAGUGCAGAGUGGGAAAUAUUGCAUGAAUUGGCAGUCAUACUAAAACCGAUUGAAUCAGCAACAAAAAUUAUAAGUGGAGAACAAUAUCCAACCAUAUCUAUUAUAAUACCAUUGACAUCAGGAUUAAAAAACAUCUGCCAGAAACUAAAACAAAAAGAUUUUUCAACAGUAACGCAACAGAUAAUAUACCAUAUUGAAAUAGGAAUACUAGAAAGAUUUACAGAAGUAGAAACAGACAUAAUAAUACAAAUUUUUUCGUUAUUGACUAAAUUAGUAAAUAAUUUAUUUUGCAUGGUGGCUACUUCAGUGCUAUGCGAAAGAUUAUUUUCUAAAGCCGGGUUAAUUUUAACAGAAAAAAGAAACAGAUUACAGGCAGAAAAAUUAUCUAUGCUGUUAUUUUGUUCUUUGUAUUUUAUUUAUAGUAUUUGUAUUAUGUUUUAUUUAUUAAUUAUAUUUUCUAACUGUGUUACACUUUGUAAAAAUCUAAAGACGCUUACAAUUAAAUUAAAACUUGCAAUUCAUAAUUAUUGACUUAUUUUCAUUACUCUUCACUCUUCCUCAUUAAAGCAUUCUUUUAUUUACUAUUCCUUACUUUACUUUAUUUUAUGCGAUGUAUUUGAUGUCGUUAAUUACAUACUUAUGUAUAUAGAAUAUAUGUAAAAUAUACAGGUAGGGUGUUUUUCAUUACGGCGCAUAUCCAUUUAGGCUGAAGAUUCUAACACGCAUACAAGGAACAGUUAUGUUCUUCACCAAUCAGAAGCGAUCACGAAAAAUCACGAAUCACUGUGAAAAAUCACCGUGAUCGAAUCACGAGUGAUUCACAAGUAGCAGUUCUAGCCAUCUCUAGUGUAGACUGACGAUAUAGUAACAACAGAACAGACGACGACAGCGCCACAACAGAAAGCGCGAUAACGAGGCAGGCAUAUUACCAUACAAAUCAUCAAGAUUUCACAGCAACGAAGCUGAUCAAGUUUUUUGAAGCGAAGAAGCAAUAUUUUCUUACGAUUAUUUUUCUCAAAUAUUCUUUACAUCACUCCGCAUGCCACUGCAAAGCACGAUUUUGCAAUUUCGGCCUUAAAACUUUAUAAAUAGUAAAAGUAUGGUUUUCUUUUUCUUAUAGAAGAUAUUUGUUUACAAACACUUUUUCCAAAAUCAGGCCUUGCAGUGGUGUGCGCCAAGGUAUAAGGAAUAUUUUUAAA